AUGGUCGGAGGUUACUGGGCGGUAAUCGGAGUAGCCAUGUGGUGUGAACACUAUUGUUGUUGUUGCGCCGAUAGAGCUACGGUGUUGGAUCUUGCAGUGCACGUGGUUCUAUGCGCGGUCUGUGGAAGCUUUUCGUCGGUGAUUGUAGUAUGGUGUUGUCUUCGCCGUGGUGGGCGGUUGGAGAUGUGGGAAGUGGAAACUUUAGCUUUUUCAUUGAACUCUCCUCUACUUAUGUUUCUAUUGUGCUUUGUUCUAGAUCUUUCAGAUGAAACAAUCACCAUCUCAAUCAGCCACCUGCAAAACCAAGUCAAUAACAAGCACAAAAAGUUGUGGUGUCGCGAAUUUUGUCAAAGUUUUUUUGUAUGUUAUUUUUCAAGUUUGAUUUGGUAUUGA